AUGGACGAUGAUAUUGAAAAUGAAACACUUGAACACUUGGAAAAUAAAGUUGCAUCAUCUGUGUUGUCAGGGCUAUAUUCGCAUUAUAAAUUAUUUGAUGCAUUUAAAUCUACAAGCAGUGCCCAUAAAAUAUGCGAUGAAGAAAACUAUCCCCAUAAACUAUCUAAGCUUGAUGAAAACGUAGUUUCAAUUUGUCAUAACUUAGAAGAAAUAUUAGAAAAUUUUGAUAAUUAUUGUACAUUAAUUGAUAAAACUAAUCAUAUUAAUUGUUGUGAACACUUGCUAUAUUGGAUGUAUGGAAAAAUAAAUAAGGAACAGUGGGAUGUAUUUAAUAUUCAAUGGAUCUACUUUAAAUUUCACAAAUUACUUAAUAAAAACAUUUCAUUUAAUACUCAGUAUAAAUGCAAUCCAGAAUUUUUGAGAGUGUUAGAUAAGGGAUUAUUAAAAAAUAAGAAAUCACUAUAUGACUUUUUAGAAAACUAUGAUGCAAUAAAAAAAGCUUUGGAUAAUGAGUUGGGUAAUAAUAAUUAUUAUUGCAAAUAUAUAAAGAAAAUUUUUCUGUUAUACCAAAAAUUGGUAAAGGAGCCUGGUUCACAAUCUAUUCAUGCAUAUAAACAUGAAAUGAAGCGUUUUAAGGAAAAAAUUAUAGAUGAUGAGUUAGGGUUUAUUACAGAAAAAUGUAAUAAAGAUUCUCAGAUACCCUUAUUUGAUAAUGAAACUAAAGUCUUAAAUGCUUUAAUUAAUGGACAAGAACAAGAUAUCAAAAUAAUAGAAGAAAGAACGAAGAAUAAAUAUAUUUACGAUAUUUUUCGUGAUUUUGAUAAAUAUAUGGAGUAUAUUAAUUUGGUUAAAUCAGAAAAAAAUAGUUAUUCAUCGCACGCAGAUCAUUACUGUGAAAAUAACAUGAAAACAGAUAUUCUCCAGAGCAAAGAGAUUAAAAAUGUGUGCAAACAUUUUAUAUCAUAUAUUUCUUAUUUGUCUUUAAAUAUUAAUGAAUAUAAUCCAAGAUAUAAAAAAUACUUUGGAUUUUUGAAUUAUUGGUUAAACAAUGAAUUAAAAAAUACUGAUAAGUGUGCUACCGACUUCUUAAAAAUCCUAGAAAAUUCCGUGGAUAGAAGUUUUGUUGCCUUUAAGGAUUACAGUAUGUUUAAGAACUAUGUAUAUAACAUCGAUGGGGAACUCCGUGAAGAAAUGGAUAUACUGUAUAAAUUGUACAAUAAUUUAAAUGUUAUUAUAUCUUCUAAAGAAGAAAAAAAAUGCCAAGAAAAUGGUAAAACAUUUAUACAUAAAUUUGAAGAAGGUAUCAAGAAAUAUAAUCUGACAAGAAAUAAUGAUUUUUAUGUAGAAUUGAUGAAGGUAUGGUCUAGAUACAUUAAUGCAAAAGUAAAACACCAAUUUUGCAAAAAUAACAGUUUUCCUGAAUCUCCAAAAAUGAGCAAAUUAAAUCAUGAAGUAAUAUUAUCAUAUCUCUCAAAAACUUCAGAAUUAUGUGAAACAUAUACAAAUCAAAGGUUGCCCAUCUUAUCACAUACGAAUGAAAAAUAUGAAGGAAUAUUAAAAAGCUUAAGCACAUCGGAAAUAUAUAAAAAAUUAAAUAGUGUUACUGCUGAUGUGGACACAUGCGUUCAGUUUUGUACUGAUGUAAUUAAUAUAAAUAAUUCAGAUGAAAAAACGAAUGAAAUUAAAAAAUUUUGCCCUCAAAUUGCAGCAAAUAUAAGAAAAUUAUCAGAAACAUUAAAAGAAACAAAAUCACCGUAUGACCGUUGUACGUAUUUAACUUAUUGGGCAUAUGAAAAUAUAAUGAAUGUAUAUAGUAAUAAUUUGGACAAUAUUAAUAAUAAAACUUUAAUUAAUGAACUUAGCAAAGUAGUUUUCAUGGCUAAUAGUGAAUUGUCUAAAGAGAAUCAAUGUCUAUUUUACUUUUAUGGUGAUAUUUCAGAAUUGAAAAAUGAAAAACAUUUACACGAUUAUUUUAAAAAUUAUAGCGAAAUUAAGGAUUAUAUUACUUCUAUUGAAGAUAAUAAUCGUCACGCUUAUUGCGAAUAUCUUAAACAUAUUAAUGAACUUUAUAAAAGUUACAUAGGUAAGUGCUGCAUUUGUUUUUCCUAUCCAGAACAAGCUUGUUCUGAGAAGUGUCCAAAAUAUUUUAGAUGUGAUAAACAAUAUUUUCCCAGUGAUCUUAUGUCCACGAUUGGGUGUCAAAGUGAACAGAUUCAGGAAACCAUAGAAGAUGUUUUCAAAAGUGUAACGCUUGAUCAUGGAAUUCAAAAAUAUACUCUACUAAAAUCUUUAAAUUCAAACACAGAUUUACAUCAAAUUUCAAAUGAAAUUUCACAGCAGAAUUUAUAUGAAAAUCAAUACAAAAUUUCGGAGCAAAUAUCAAUAUAUGAUCCGUUUAAUGAUAUAGUAUUAUCAUCUUUUGGUAUUCUUGGAAUUUUCCUUACAUUUUUUGUCUUUUAUAAAUUCACACCGUUGGGUUCCUGGUUUUAUAGAAGGAAAUAUAAAAAUAAAAAUAUUUCAAAAAAUAUUCAGAAAAUAAAUCCAAAAAUUGUGAAAGGUAAUAAAUCACAAGGUAGCCUGGUAAAUUCUCAAAAAAAGCGAAUUCGUUUAGCUUAUCAAUCAUCAUGA